AUGAUAUGUUUAACCGAUAUUCCACCACAAUUUGCACAUGCCGUAUUUAAUUAUGUUCUUGGUCUAUUAAUGAGUAUGGUACGUUCACCAUUAGAUGGUUCACAAGAAUUAAUUGUAGCUGGUCUUACAUUAUUAUGGCAAAUAAUUCCUUAUCUAUAUACUGAAAUGAUGAUAUUAAUAACAGGUAGUAUACCGUCAGCAAAAGAAGUUAUUAUAAAUGGUACUGAUUUAUCACAAAUUCCAACACAAGCAAUCAUACAAGAAGAUACACAACUUAGUAAUGUUUUACAAGAAGCAUUAGAUUUUUUUGAUAUACCUGAUGCAAAACGUGAUGAUAUUAUUUAA